AUGGGAAAUCAGAAACAGAAGUGGACGGCUGAGGAAGAAGACGCCCUCCACUGCGGCGUCCAGAAGUACGGCGCCGGCAAGUGGAAGAACAUCCUCAGAGAUCCCGAAUUCGCUCCUUCCCUCACGAGCCGUUCCAACAUCGAUCUCAAGGAUAAAUGGAGGAAUUUAAAUGUUGUCACUGGACAGGGCUCCAAUAUAAAGUCUAGAACUCUCAAGCACAAACUACCAGCACCUACUGCAGUUACAACUCCCGAUCCUACUCUGCAAUUCCUCCUCAUUGUUGAAAACUGCUACUUCAUGCCAGACGCUAUGGCACAGAGUCGCAGAACGAAAUCUGUGAUUGCAACAGCCCAUGCUUAUACCAUGGAAUUGGAACAAGAAGUUACAAAGUUAAAAGAGGAGAAUGAAGAACUUCAGAAAAAGCAGGAAGAAAUCAUGGAAAUGCAGAAAAAUCAAGUAUGGCUCUGGGUUUAG